AUGAUAUUCUCACCGCUCAUAUCUCUCGGCUUCGCUACGACCAUAUUCGCAGCGACAAUCGAUGUCAAAGUCGGAGAUGGUGGGUUAACAUUCGAACCCAACUCUAUCACUGCAGAAAUUGGCGAUACCGUACGAUUCCAGUUCUACAGCGGGGCCGGAAGCCACAGCGUAGCUCUCAGUGCUUUUGAUACGCCAUGUCAACCUGCAGAUAACGGUUUCUUCUCAGGUAUCAUCACAGGAAAUCAACAAGGCGACCACACCUUCACCAUAGAUAUCACAUCUACCUCUCCCCAAUGGUACUACUGCUCCGUCGGUUCCCACUGCCAAAGCGGCAUGGUCGGUGUAAUCAACCCCCCCGCCGCAUCCCCCUCCAACGACGGCCAAGACAUCACCGCCUUCGCCUCCGCCGCACAGAACGUCCUCCGCCAAACACCUCCCAGUUCAGUCCAAGGCGGCAUCGUCGCCGCCGGCGACUCAUCCUCCCCCUCCUCGGGAUCAGGCGCAGGAGCCACACCCGCGAGUCCAAGACCGAGCCUUACGGCUACCACGACGAGUGGAAGUGAGAGUGUGAGCUCGAGUGCAGCGAGUACGACUGGAGGAAGUAGUACUGCACCGGUCUCUACGACUGGUUCGACUGGGACAGGGGCUGGUAGUAGUACUGGAGCGAGUACGACGACCCCGCCGACUGGGAGUGGGAGUGGGACGGAAGCAGGUGCUAGUGAGACGGCUACGACGACGACGAGUGGUGGAAGGAGGAGUGAGUGGUCUGUUGUUUUGUGGUUGACAGUUAUUUUGGGUGUGUUGGUUGCGUUGAUGUCUUGA